CCAAGGGGGUCAGAUAUGGCUCACCAUUGUUCAAACAAGGCCCUUCUUUUCAUUUUUCUUUCUCUUUUUUCAACCUUUUCAAGUGCUCAUCUUCUUCCUGAAAUCAUCCACGUUGAGCCAAUUUAUUCAACUAAUGUUGAAGAUGACGCACUACUAGCCCCAGCCCCAGCACCCGAAAUAGAAUUCCGAAACGAUGAACCCCUUACUCCACCACCAACCAGAAAAACAAAUGAAAGACUGAAGAAGGCCUAUGUUGCUUUUCAGGCAUGGAAGAAGGCCAUUCACUCCGACCCUUUGAACAUCACCGGGAACUGGGUUGGUGAAGAUGUUUGCUCUUACAAUGGUGUGUAUUGUGCUCCUGCCCUUGAUGAUCCCACCCUGAAUGUGGUUGCUGGCAUUGAUCUGAACAAUGCAGACAUUGCUGGGAGCCUCCCAGAAGAAUUGGGACACUUGGAAGAUAUUGCACUUUUCCACAUUAACUCCAACAGAUUCUGCGGUGUUAUCCCAGACAGCUUGCUGAAUCUUACACUUGUGCAUGAGUAUGACAUCAGCAACAAUCGCUUUGUUGGUCGGUUUCCUUCUGUGGUCCUCACAUGGCCGAACUUGAAGUACCUGGACCUCAGAUUCAAUGACUUUGAAGGACCCUUACCCCCAGAGCUUUUUGAGAAGGAUCUUGAUGCAAUCUUUUUGAACAACAACCGUUUCUCAUCCCUCAUUCCAGACACCAUAGGAAAAUCCAACGCCUCGGUCAUCACCUUUGCCUACAACAAUUUCAAAGGCUGCAUUCCGAGCUCUUUCGGAAACAUGAAGAACUUGAACGAGAUUGUGUUCGUAGGAAACAGCCUCGGAGGAUGCUUCCCACAGGAUGUUGGAAAGAUGGAAAACCUGACGGUUUUGGAUUUAAGCGACAAUGGGUUUGAAGGGACUCUUCCUAACUUGUCAGGACUGAAGAAGGUCGAGGUGAUAGACAUUUCGCACAACAAGCUCAGUGGAUAUGUGUCUAACACUGUGUGCCAACUUCCUUCCUUGAAGAACUUCACAUUCUCUCACAACUACUUCAAUGGAGAAGCUCAGAGUUGCGUGCCUUCACCCAAUUCGUUGGUGGCUAUGGAUGACUCAUACAACUGUUUGUCUGGAAGGAAGGAUCAGAAGUCAUCCAAGAAGUGCUUGCCAGUGCUAACUCGCCCUGUGGAUUGCAACAAGCACUGUGGAGAAGGCAAAGAGAAUGGCCAUAGCCCUAGCCAUAGCCAUAGCCAUGCACCAAAGCCAACUCCAUCUCCUAAACCUGAGACACCAAAGGUUGUACACUCUUCACCACCUGUACAUUCACCACCACCACCACCAGUUCAUUCUCCACCACCUCCCGUACACUCCCCACCACCUCCUCCAGUUCACUCUCCUCCACCUCCCGUUUCCUCACCACCUCCACCGGUACACUCCCCACCACCUCCUCCUGUCUCCUCUCCACCUCCACCAGUUCACUCCCCACCACCUCCUCCCGUCUCCUCUCCACCUCCACCAGUUCACUCCCCACCACCUCCUCCCGUCUCCUCUCCACCUCCACCGGUACACUCCCCACCACCUCCUCCUGUCUCCUCUCCACCUCCACCAGUUCACUCCCCACCACCUCCUCCCGUCUCCUCUCCACCUCCACCGGUACACUCCUCACCACCUCCUCCUGUCUCCUCUCCACCUCCACCGGUUCACUCCCCACCACCUCCUCCCGUCUCCUCUCCACCUCCACCGGUACACUCCCCACCACCUCCUCCUGUCUCCUCUCCACCUCCACCGGUACACUCCCCACCACCUCCUCUCGUCUCCUCUCCACCUCCACCGGUACACUCCCCUCCACCUCCUCCUGUUCACUCCCCACCACCUCCCGUUUUCUCACCACCUCCUCCUCCCGUCUCCUCUCCACCUCCACCAGUACACUCCCCACCACCACCUCCUGUUUUCUCACCACCUCCUCCAGUUCACUCCCCACCACCACCACCAGUCAACUCUCCACCUCCACCAGUUUAUUCCCCACCACCACCAACACCAAUUUCCUCCCCUCCACCACCAGUUGCCUCCCCACCACCACCAGUUCACUCUCCUCCUCCACCAGUUUCCUCCCCACCACCACCAGUGUACUCUCCUCCUCCACCAGUUUUCUCUCCCCCACCACCAGUUUCCUCUCCACCUCUACCACCACCACCAGUGUACUCCCCACCACCACCAGUGUACUCCCCUCCUCCACCAGUUUUCUCUCCCCCACCACCAGUUUCCUCUCCACCACCACCACCACCACCUGUGUACUCUCCACCACCGCCAGUGCACUCUCCUCCUCCACCAGUUUCCUCCCCACCACCACCAACACCAGUGUACUCACCACCACCACCAGUGUACUCCCCACCACCAGUUUACUCUCCUCCUCCUCCAGUCUCUUCACCACCACCACCACCAGUGUAUUCCCCACCACCAUCAAAAUGGGACGAUGUUUUCCUUCCACCACACUAUGGCUCCUCAUACAGUUCACCUCCUCCACCAACAAUUGCUGGAUACAACUAAAAGAGUUUGCAAUGCCAUUAACAUAUUUGUCCUUCUUUUUGCUAUGGUUCCCAAGAGUCUUUGGUGAAAAACUGAACUUCUUGUCCUUGGAUUCUGUGUAACCACUUAAGGGGUUCAUCUCCACGAAUUCUAAUUCUAUGAAAUAUU